AUGAUUUCAGAGACUGAGAAGGUGUUCAAAACAUGGCGACUGCAAGAGAUCAGCUUCUCUUCCAACCAGACAAGUGCCCGUACAUUGCAGUUAAUGUACAGCUGUGAGUGGGUUGAGGAAACUGGUGCUACAGAGGGACAUGAACAGUAUGGAUAUGGAGGAGAGGACUUCUUGUUAUUUGAUCUGAAGAAUGAAAGAUGGAUUGCACCUGUUCGGCAGGGACACAUCACCAAAAUAAAGUGGGAUGCUAAUGUUCCUAAACUUAAAGCCAAAAUUCACUAUCUAAACCACACAUGUAAUGAAUGGCUGAACAAAUAUGUUUCCAAUCGGAGACGCUUGCUGCAGAGGACAGUCCCACCGCAGGUAACUUUGCUUCAGAAAGAACCCUUCUCUCGUGUGACCUGCCAUGCAACGGGCUUCUAUCCGCACGCAAUCAUGAUAUUUUGGAGAAGAGAUGGGGUAGAAGUCCAUGAUGAUGUGGUGCAUGAAGAGACCCUGCCUAACGGGGAUGGGACGUAUCAGAAGAGAACCCAUCUCACUGUGUCCCCUGAAGACCUACAGAAGAACGACUACAAAUGCACUGUCAAACACAGUGGCAAUGAUGUGGUGCUGUCUGCUAACGGGGACAGCAUUCCUAGCAACAGCAGGAAUACUCAGGGGGUCUCCCUCAUCAUCAUUGUCUUGAUAUUGGCCUUCAGUGUGAUUGUGCUUGUCUUCAUGAGAAUGAGGGACUGCAAAGAAAAGGCAAGUUCCCACCUAUUCUUUUAA